UUGUCCAAUUAGGUACGAAAUUAAUUCCUUAAAAAAAUGUCCGGUUUUAUCAUUUUAUGUUUAUUUUUACUUUCUUUUUCUCCAGCAAUGAAUACCAGUGCCGACGACUCUAAUAUUAACGAAGAGAGCAGUGACAAAAAUGAUGUUACUGAAAAAGAUUUAUUAUCAAAUGUUCAAAGUUUCCUUGCUAAAGAUUUUAACCUGAGAUCAAAUAGUAUGUACACUUACGAGUUGCUGGAAAUGAAACAAACUGAUAAAAAAAUGAUAAAUGACGGAAUGAGUAUUCAUUUUAUGCUUACAUUUGCACAAACUGGUUGUCGUAAAAAUGGGGCUUUAAAGGAGCAAGUAAAGUGCCCCACUGGGGUUUUGAUGGACAAAAAUAAACCAACUAAAACUGAGAUAAUUAAAGUGAUUGUUAAUAUUCCGGAAAUAUUUUGGCAUAAUUUUGAAGAGCGUCACUUAAAAGUUAUUUACACUUAAUUUUAAAUGCAAAAAUUUUAAUAUAUAAAAUUAAGACAUAUAUAUAUAUAUAUAUAUAUAUAUAUAUAUAUAUAUAUAUAUAUAUAUAUAUAUAUAUAUAUAUAUAUAUAUAUAUAUAUAUAUAUAUAUAUAUAUAUAUAUAUAUAUAUAUAUAUA